AUGGAUCCAAUCGCUGUCCGAUUGACCAAACUCUCGCAACAACAACGGACUACGGUUGUUAUAACUGGAGCUGUUUUGAUUCAUUUAUCAUUGGGUACUUAUCAUACUUUCGGGAAUAUGUUACCUUAUAUGGCAAGUUACAUGAGGAAGUAUGCAGACAGUAGUGUGACCCUGGAGAAGUUGGUCUGGAUCCCCACUUUCCAGGGAUGUUUUCCUUUUGCCAUGGUUAUUGGAGGCUUUUUGUCAGCACGGUUGGGUCCCAGGCUGGCUGCUGGACUGGGUUGUGCUUUAAUGAGGUUAGUUAAAGUAAAAUUCAAGUUGAACAUUUUUUAGUGGGGGCGUUUUCUUAUCGUAUUGGACGAUCCGAAUGUCGUUUUAUUCUUUCCUCUUUACUUAUGGCUUCAUGUUUGGUCUGGGCCAAGGAAUUGCGUAUGUCGUGGCUGUCAGUUGUGUCAUCAAUUGGGCCCCUCAUAUGGUUGGACUGGGCUCGGGGAUUGUUGCAGCUGGAUUCGGGAUUAGUUCCAGUAUCUUUGCACCAAUUCAGACCAGAAUGAUCAAUCCGGAAAACCACGCAGCUUCCAAGGAGGGGUAAGUUACUGUAAUUUUUAAUGAAAUUACUGCAACUUUUAACUUACCAUUAUAGUUACUUCAAUGAAACAAGCAUGUUGGAGCGAGUUCCUGAGACUUUUCUUCAGCUUUCCAUUGUCUAUGCAAUCAUGCAGAUUCUCGGACUAAUCGUUGUGUGUGACCCACCUGCUGAUGUAAUUGUUGUGCUUGAUUACUGACGCCAUCUUAUGUUUUGAUGAUGAUAUUUCUUUCUAGUUCGUCCGAAAACAUCUGGACCACUCUGCAUUGAUCGAUAUGGCCUGGUUGUCCAAGAAAAGGAGCCAUUUCAUGGGUCAGAACAAGGUCAGUUUUAACCGAUACGGCUACGUAAAGUUGCCGGUGAAGAGGGAUUCGGUCGAGUUUGAUUCUCCAACACGCCAGAGGGUAUGUGAUUGAUUGGGUAGAGCUGUCGUCUUGUGGGGAUGGUCUUCUUAUCGGUACAUUUUCUUUGUUUUAUUAAGUAUUCCAUUAACUUAAGCAAUUUUAUUACAGCCCGAUCACGAAGUCGAAAUCGCGGAUUCAGAUUCCGAUGAGGAUCUGAAUAUCCGCCCUGAGGCUCAGUCCAUGACUCCGGAAGAGAUGCUCAAGUCCUCCACCUUCCACUGGUUAUUCGUCGCUCUCUUUUGCUGCUCCUUUUAUGGCAACUUUUUUUACAAUCUCUACAAAACUUUUGGCGAAACUUUUAUCGAAGAUGAUUUCUUUUUCGCGACAGCCUUCAGCAUCGGGAGUACGGCCAACGCGAUUGCCAGAGUUGGAUGGGGACUGUUGACGGACAAGACGAGCUUUCAGAUAUCCCUUUCUAUAGCCACGUUCUCAGCGACCAUCUUACUCUUGACAAUGCCAUUGACUGCCUACUUUGGGAAAUUCGUUUAUCUUUUAUGGGUAAGUAUAACAUUGUGACUUUCCCACUUUAAAAUUUUUUAAAAAUUGCUAUUUAUUAUCGUAUUUUAGCUGACCGGGAUGUUUGUUUGUCUGGCUGCCACUCACGCUCUUUUUAUUACGGCUGCGGUCAGAUGUUUCGGCACCAAAUACAAGACUAUUAACUACGGAUUUCUCAUCUUUUCCACGGUAAAUUCCCCCGGAAUCUGUGUGAUCUUCCGAUUCUUUUAUUUUAGACUUGCAGUGGAAUUUUUUUGGCCAUAGGAUGUCAAUAUUUGCUGGGUGUAAUCGGUUACAAUUGGGCAUUUAUCUUCACAGCCAUCUUCCCCUUCAUUGCGUUUGUUAUCACCACGGCCAUUCGCGUCACUCCCCAAGGGCAUCUCAUUGUUUGA